AUGUUUAAACAGUUCGUUAGGUUUAAGAGUAUUAGUAAUACUAACGCCUCCACACAAAAGGUGGUCAACCAAUUAUCAGCAUUAUCAGCAUCUAGAAAACAACCAAAAUUAAUCAAAUUAUCAGCACAAGAUUUAAUAAAACAUCAAACCAUUCAAAAUGCCUGGAAAUUAUAUAGUGAUAAAUUGGCAAGAGAAAACCGUAAAAUGUUGAAAGAACAAUACGAAUCAAUAUAUAAUGCCAUGGAAGAAUUAAAGCAGUUCCCAGAAUUAUUCGAAGCUGCUAAAGAUGAUGUUAAAGCUCCAUUUCCUUUAGAAAUGAGAAUCCCAACUGAUUUCCCUCCAAAUCAACCAUGGAUUUAUAAUUAUGAAAAGUAG